GAGGCGUCAGAUGAAUCCGGGCGCUUGUAGAAGACGUGCGAACUUGUAGAUCCGUGCGUAUCCGGUGUCGUUAACGAAGCGUGAGGUUAAAGUUCGCCGCGAGUUUUUCCCGCUCCGGUUGUCGCAGGACACAACCGGAGCAGAGCGCGCAGUUUCAAAUGCGCGAUUGCCGCGAACGUCGCGUCGCUGUCCUCAUUAUGUGAAACGUCCGGUAGUAAUGUGCAAAUGCUCAGGUUAAUCACGUUGAUUGCAAUGCCACCGUUACGAAGGGCGUUGUAAAAUCGAUUGGCCGAACGUCCUCGAGAAGAAAAAACGCAAACGACAAGAGCGACCGAUUAACUCGCAGAUCGGACGCCGAUAGAGGAGCGCACGCAGUCACUUCGGUAUUUAACUUCGCCCGAGGUAGACGAGACGAGAUCAGAGAGCAAGGAGAAAAGGGCGAGCCAGAUCGCAACUCCACAAGUGAGUCCCGGCUGCAAAUAAGCGACUGAGCGGAGCAUUAAUUAACCACCUGCUUAUCCUGGGACCGAAAGUCCGUGAUACACUAAGUAGACUCCGGGGAAGCGAGUGGACUUCAAGACGCAUCAGGGAUCCGGCUUUUCAAGCACUUGACGAUUUGAAAGUUACAAGAAGAUUGAAAAACUUGGCUCCGUGCCAAGCCAAGCCGCGGAAGCUAAAAUCGGAAGAGAUGUAAGUUCCGGCGCGGAACGAUUAAACGUUGAGCAUGAAAGAGUAAUAAUUCAACGUCGCCCGUACUCGGGAUCGGAACUAUUUUCAUUCAGCGAAACCCGGCUGUCUGGGAAUUCGAAUCCGAUGACGCAGACGUAAUUCGAAACUGCGGAUUAGAAGGAAAAUUCAAGGAAAGGAAAAAAACGAGACCAGCAUUGGUGUGCUCGUGCACGAACGCAUUGAUAAUUCGUUGGCGCGUUCGUUGAAAAAUGCAACGGUGAGUUGCGUGUCCUCAUCAGACGACGCGCUGGCAAACGUACUCGAGACUCGCCAGUUUUCAUUCGCUCGGAAACAACUGUUGAAGCGAACAGGACUCUUCUUUGAAACCUGAGAGAGGAGAGAGAGAGAGAGAGAGAGAGAAAGAGAGAGAGAGAGAGAAACACAACGGUUGGCGUGCAUCGAUCGAUAAAGCGUGAAACAUAUUCGCAUAGAGAAGAAACUGAUACGUGCUGCAGAUAAUAACACAAUAAGCUGUGUACAACAAGUGAAGUCACGUUUCCGGAGAGUAGUCGCGAGCAGACGGAAGUGAUAACCGGAGAAUAGUAAUUUGAAACGUGAUGUCAAAGAGUUGUCGGAGGAGGGGAUAACAAUCAAAGGUGAUUGUUGGUGGGUGUAGGACAAGCGGAUGAUUAUAGUUUUCGCGCCAUUAUGCUCAUCACGAGGUUUGUCUUUUUCGGUUUUGCGCUGCUUUCGAUGCGGUCGGCGUCGUCGGAAUUGACAAAAUGUUGUCCGAGGGGGAAUAUUUACUUUGGAUCUUCCGAAGUGUUCUGUAUGGACGAAGAAGGCAUGAAGAUAUACUUUGCUUAUCCUAACAAUACCAGGCCAGGCCUAUACCGAGGACGUUUGCAAUGCGUCAAACUAGAGGAUAUCGUGACAACGGCACUCGAUGAUUUUGUUGCUGACGAACACCAGGAGAUACCGGCUUGUUUCGAUAUACUUCACGAUCCAAAAACCGGACUCAAUGCAAGUACGGUAGUCAUUCAAUGUCGGUCCAAUAAAGAUCGGCAGGUUAACGAGUUAACCCCGCAGAUCAUAUAUAUCAGAAAAUGUUGCCCUCACGACACAAUAUUCGACAGACGCACGAAAGCUUGCGUGUCCCAGUUAAAUAGUGCGCCGAGCCUUUUGUCGAAUGAGACUGUCGAUGAGGAUAGUGUGAUGAUAAUUUCGGAGGGUCCACCCAAAUGCGAAGGUCCAAUCGUCGAUUACGAAAUCGAUGACUAUGACGCCUCUUUGUGGAACGGUACUUACUCGGCGAUGAUUCCAAUAUCUAACCAUGAUUCCAUCGUCAAAGAGGAGUAUUUUGUUACCAAGGAUAACGCGUGCUUCGAUAUGAAGCCGCAUUCCGCGUCCAAUCGCAGCAUGAUAGUACGCGUUUGCAGAGACCAGAAAUAUUGCGACAGAAACGCCUGUAUCAGAAAGUGUUGCGCCGAAGAUGAACUCUUUUACGCGCCGUAUUGCAGAAAGCGCGUUACAGAAGGGGUGGCAGAAUUUCACUCAGUCUUCACGAGAGCCUUGAACGCAACGCAGUCUUCUACUUUCGACGCCACCAAAGAUUACGGGGUCUUGAUUGGGAAGCCGUGUCUGUAUGGCAUGUAUCCGGUGAAUCCGACGAAAGAGAAAUGGUCGAUGACCUCACAAGGACACGUGAAAGUCGAAAAUUACCCGAUCUACAAUCUGGAUCAGUAUUGCAUGGAUGUCUAUUAUAACAAAUCGCACUACAAUAGAGGCUUCUAUUUGUUCAUUUGUUUUGAAAAAGAUGGACCAGUACAAAACAUUAAAACGAGCUACAAAGUGAACACCGUCCUGGAAUUCACCAGCUGUACCUUCCUGCUGGUAACAUUGUUGGUGUACGUGUGCCUACCGAACCUUCAGAAUCUCCAUGGUAAAACCCUCAUGUGCCACGUAAGCAGUCUCUUCUUGGCGUUUACCUGUCUGGCCGUCAUUCCGUGGAUCACGCCCGGCGUGGCGUCCAACAUCAAGGAGCCAAAGGUCACGGCAAUCUGCAAGGCUCUGGGUUACACCAUGCUUUUCUCCUUUUUGUCGGCGUUCUCCUGGCUCAACGUCAUAUGCUUCGACAUAUGGUGGACCUUCGGAGGCUUACGUGGGGACACGAUCACGAAGGGACGUAAACACAGACGAAGGUUCCUGCUGUACUGUUUGUAUGCGUGGGGCUUUUCUCUCCUAGUGUCGAUCUUGACUAUCAUCUUCGACUACACGGAGAGUCUGCCGAUGUACUUGCGACCCAAUGUCGGCUAUACGAGCUGUUGGUUCACACAACUUCCGGGCUUAUACGGCGAGAUGACUUUCUUCGUCGGUCCGGUGACGAUCCAGCUGAUAUCCAACGUGGUGUUCUUCGUCCUCACAUCGAUGCACUGCAAUCAGGUGAAAGCGGAAAUAAAAAGAGUCACCUCGGAUCCUGCGGAUCCCCGGAGCAAACGGUUUCAUUCUGACCGCAACAGAUUCAUCAUGAACAUUAAACUGUUCAUCAUCAUGGGCAUGUCCUGGAUUUGCGAGGUGGUGUCGUUCUUCCUGAAGAGAUACAAUGUCGAGUGGCAAGACGCGAUUUUCUACGUCAGCGACGUCUUCAACUGCCUUCAAGGCUUGUUGAUCUUCAUUCUCUUCGUCCUGAAGAGUCGCGUCUAUCUGGCGCUACGCAGACGACUGGGCCUGGAUGUCGGGAAGAAACGGGCGUGCAACAACACGACCACCCUGCAGGAUCCUUAUCGUGUGAGGAAAAGCGUGAGCAACAGCACGAUAAUGUCCACGUUCGCGGUUAGUUCGGCGCCGUGAAAUGGCGCCACGAUCGAUUCUGCUUAGCACAAAUAAUUCAUGUCUACGACUUCUUCUCGCCGUCUUGCUUUCUCUUCCUGUCUACUCGAAUCACUCGUCUGGUGCGGUUAACGCGUCCUCGCCGCGGUCGGAACAGUUGACUCUUGCACGACCGAUAUUUUGCAAUUUGUUGUUGCUAAUGAGAAUAAUGGGAAUCCGCACUGCAAUUGACACACGAAUUGCAACAGGCUGAUGAACGCGAGCUGUCCAACAGACAACAAUGUUGCAAACAAAACCUGCCGCUUUUCUGUCAGCGAGGUGAUUUCAUUAUCCUCUCUUGGCGGUCUGAAUGUUAAUAACUGGCACCAUGAGAGUAAUUGCGUUCGAUUCGACAGUCCGGCGCCGUAUGAAUAGCGAUAUAAAUAGCGCUUGGCGGGGAUACCGCGUUGAGAUGCCAUUGUAUAAAGUUUCCUUUUGUAUUAAUGCAUAUUGUGACGACGUGCUUCACUCGCACUCGGCCUGCUAUCUUGACGGCCGAAAAGCAUCCGUUAGGGAGAAUUCACACUUUGGUAGAAAGGCAGAAAGGCAAAAGCCAAUCAGAAUUCGCGCUGAUGGUCAGAUGAUGGUCGACAGUUUCUGCUUUUCUCGAGCAGCGCGAGUUUCUGAUCUUCUGACUUUCUGUUUUUUACCAAGAUGUGAAUUCUCCCUUAGAUGGGAAAGUGCGAUUCUGUGAAUAGCACGGAUGUUGAUCUUUUUUUUCUCAAACACUAAUUCCACCCGCGUUGCAACGCAAAUUGCAAUGUUACUAAGAAUACCAAAGAAGACUUGUAACCUUUCGACUUUUUCCCCGCACUACAUUGCGUCACUGUAUAUUGCGGAAGACGUCUCAUCGACAAAAAUUGCUAGAGAUUAUUUUUAUACGUGCCGCAACACGUUGGUGACAUAUUUAGUGUAGAUAUGACGUCGAACUAGAGCGAGUAUAUACAAGACAUGUAUGCGUAUAAAAAUCUCAUUGCCGAAUGAUAAUAUUUCUGAUGUAUCUUUGUACUUCACUGUGUUAAAAAAAAGAAAAGAAAGUACUUUGACACGAUUAAUGUCAAAAGAAACACGCAACUCUGAGCAAUUCUGCAUCGAAAUGUACUUUUAUAUGUGAUGCGCUUUUUCUAAAUUAUUUAGAAAAGUUAUUAGUUAUUUUCAGAAUAAAUCAUUUUUCAACUUU